UUAAAAUCCAAGUUUGGUUAGGUUGACAGGAAAGAGGACACUGCCUAACACUGCAUUGCAAGACGACGAGGGGUCAUUUAGAAAUAAAAUUCACUUUUGUGAAUUGUGGGUUACACGGAUAAUACUAGUAGGUCUGCCUUAGGAGGAGCAAAGGUUCAGGAGGAUUCUCUUGACUGAAGUGAUAACAUUCUUAGGCACUGAGUAUUCUUUAACUUGAGAAGAAACUGAUUAGCUCUUCAACUAUUCUAAGACUGAUCUCCUGAAAUACUUCAACCAUGACUAAAAGAGAAGCAGAAGAGCUUAUAGAAAUUGAGAUUGAUGGAACAGAGAAACCAGAGUGCACAGAAGAAAGCAUUGUAGAACAAACCUACACCCCAGCUGAAUGUGUCAGCCAGGCCAUAGACAUCAAUGAACCAAUAGGCAAUUUAAAGAAACUACUAGAACCAAGACUACAGUGUUCUUUGGAUGCUCAUGAAAUUUGCCUGCAGGAUAUCCAGCUGGAUCCAGAACGAAGUUUAUUUGACCAGGGAGUAAAGACAGAUGGAACUGUACAACUUAGUGUACAGGUAAUUUCCUAUCAAGGAAUCGAGCCAAAGCUAAACAUCCUUGAAAUUGUUAAACCUGCGGACACUGUUGAAGUAGUUAUUGAUCCAGAUGCUCACCAUGCUGAAUCAGAAGCACAUCUUGUUGAGGAAGCUCAAGUCAUAACUCUUGAUGGGACAAAACACAUCACAACCAUUUCAGAUGAAACCUCAGAACAAGUGACAAGAUGGGCUGCUGCACUGGAAGGUUAUAGGAAAGAACAAGAGCGCCUUGGGAUACCCUAUGAUCCCAUACAGUGGUCCACAGACCAAGUCCUGCAUUGGGUUGUUUGGGUAAUGAAGGAAUUCAGCAUGACUGAUAUAGACCUCACCACACUCAACAUUUCUGGAAGAGAAUUAUGUAGUCUCAGCCAAGAAGAUUUUUUUCAGCGGGUCCCUCGAGGAGAAAUUCUCUGGAGUCAUCUGGAGCUUCUUCGAAAAUAUGUAUUGGCAAGCCAGGAACAACAGAUGAAUGAAAUAGUUACAAUUGAUCAACCUGUGCAAAUUAUUCCAGCAUCAGUACAGUCUGCUACACCAAGUACCAUUAAAGUUAUAAAUAGUAGUGCAAAGGCAGCUAAAGUACAAAGAGCUCCAAGGAUCUCAGGAGAAGACAGAAGCUCACCAGGGAACAGGACAGGAAACAAUGGCCAAAUCCAACUAUGGCAGUUUUUGCUAGAACUUCUUACCGACAAGGAUGCUCGAGACUGUAUUUCUUGGGUUGGUGAUGAAGGCGAGUUUAAGUUAAACCAGCCUGAACUGGUUGCACAAAAAUGGGGACAACGUAAAAAUAAGCCUACGAUGAACUAUGAGAAACUCAGUCGUGCAUUAAGGUAUUAUUAUGAUGGGGACAUGAUUUGUAAAGUUCAAGGCAAGAGAUUUGUGUACAAGUUUGUCUGUGACUUGAAGACUCUUAUUGGAUACAGUGCAGCAGAGUUGAACCGAUUGGUCACAGAAUGUGAACAGAAGAAACUGGCAAAGAUGCAACUCCAUGGGAUUGCCCAACCAGUCACAGCAGUAGCCCUGGCUGCUGCUUCUCUGCAAACAGAAAAGGAUAAUUGAGCCCCAGGACCUUCUGGGACUUCAAGGUCUUUCUUAAAUAUUUAGAGCAAUUAUGGCUCUUACCUUUAUUACUAAAUUUAAAUCUUCUUUUAUUUCUAGACUGUACAAUCUGAUGCAUGAUUUUUUUAUAAAUAUUUCAUACUCUUGUGAAUUUGGAUCUUUUUACUUUGAGCAUAUAUUUUAGAAUACGUGUAUGUUAAAGGAUCACCACAAUGUCUGCAGCUUGAAGGCAGGUUCAUUGUGGAAUAGUUUGUUAACAGUCAGGAAAGCUAAACUGGUCAGUAUUAAUGUCUAGCCCUACCAAAAAUAGCCAGUAGCAUCUAAAAAUGAAAAGUGAAGUAUCUCCAGGAAACAGUCUGGUUUAACUAUUUGUUAAAAUAUAACUGUUUCCCCUCUGCUGCUUUAGAUGUUGCUUUACAUACAUAGAAGCAGAAAAUUUCUCAGCUAAAGCAUGUGUGCCUGUUUUCAUCUAAUCAAGCAGAGUUAAAAUGUUCAUAUCUAAUAAAAUUAUAAUAUUAAUAAAUUACUAAACUAAGAGUAUCAGGUUAUUAAAGUAAUUUAUAUAUUUGCAAGCAAAGAAUGAUAAAAGUUGACGGGCAAAAGAGCAGUGCUGAAGAAGGAGAUCCAGGUUUAAAUCUGGCUUAACUCAAGCCACUAUAAGGGUUUUCUGUAUAGAUUAUCCAUAAUGUCAGACCAAGAAUUAAAUUAUUUUGAGAGAGGCAUUUAGUUCUAAUAAACCAGCUAUUACAAAUAUUCUAAAAUGAUCUCUGUUUUUCCUAUCAGAGAUUUAAAAAAUUGAAAAGGUAUACCUCAGCCAGGAAAUAAAAGUUUGGUCUAGUUUGGUAUGGCUUCCUUUUUUUUUUUUUCUAUUUUUUUUUUAAUUAACCUAUAGUGCCGGUUUAUUAUUCAAAGCAGCUUAUAUAUUCCUAUGUUUCUGAAAAAAUGAAGACUUUAAAUCAGUCACCAGUACUUCCCUUUCAAAACAUUAGUAGACUACUUGCAAAUAGUCUUAAAAGGAAAAUUUGACUUUAUAGGCAAUCUUCUCUUUAAAAUAAAACUUUUUAUUUUUUUCCUUUUGGAUAUUAUACAUGUAUAUACAAAACUCUAUGUACAUGUCCAGUUGAUCAUUUUAUACAUAUAUACACACAUAUAUAAAGAUAUUCAGAAGGAAGAUUAUUGAAUAGCUCAUUUUAAAAAUUCAAAUUAAAUCUUAUAUAUAUGAAAUUCCUUAACAUAAGCUAACACUAAACAGAUGUGGCUAGAAAUGUCUGUCUUUUUUUCUCCUUACUUUUUUUUUAUUUUUGUUAUUUGUUUUAAGGUAUUAAAUGCAAAUCAUGAUAUGAGAGACUGUCAAAUAGCUUUUAAUCAUCCUCUUAUGACAGAAGGUUGAUUCUCAAAUAUUACUUUAUGCAUCUUCUCUGUCAUCAUUUCAAAACCCCAGAACAGCUUUGUAAGAGCUUAGUUAAGCUUUUGAACAACUUAGAAAAGGGCGGUGGUAAUGUGUAGUCAGGCAAGGUAGCAUUGUUAGCAGUUGUGCUACCAAUACUAAAAAUAGUGGUUUGGAAGGAAUCAUAGAAGGCAGAGAUCUUAGGGACAAGGAAGGCAGAAGAGCAAGGAGGGAUCGCAAAUCUCCUUUUCUGAUAACUACAUACUGUAAUUGUAAAAGCAGUGCUAUCAAAAUACAAAAUGUUCUCUCAGUUCGUUUGUAUUAUUAAGCCCCUUAGAGAUUCUGCAGUAGAUAUCUAAAAAGAGUAUUAAUAGUACAUCCGUUUUUACUUUUUUAUAAACAUAUAGAGAACAUACAAACAAUGUAUUAGUAUAAUACAAUUUGGGUGCUAUGACUGCAAGAAUAUCUGAGUAAAAUGACAUUGUGAAAUAAUAUGCAGAAAGUCUAGCUUCAGGUAACAGCUAGAAAGUUUUGCACCAUCCUUGUGUAGCCUAGAGAGCUGACAAGUCUCUUACAAUUUAAAAAAAUAAUGAAGCAUCUCUUCUGGCAAAUUAUCAAGAGCUUAAGAAUCUUGACUUAAAUAUAAAAUACUUUGGGGGAGACAUGUUAAAAUUUUAGCCAAGAUCACAGACUUUAUAUUUCAGUAUAUAUAUGUGUGUGUGUUUAAGGCAAGAAACAUAUUUCUUUUAGAUCCUUAACAUAAAAAUAUUAUUCUUCUCCUCUUAAGUAUUUCCCAGAUGCUUUUUUGGGCAGAUAAUCACAUCUUAUUCACUUUUUUUUUCCUUUGGCAGUUCUUAUUUUAUUCAUCAUUCUAAUUUGAACAGACACAGUUCUCAUACGUGACCACAGGCUUUUUUUUCCCUUCUUCUCUUUCACCAUCGUUCUGUACACCAUAACAUAGGUAAAAUAAUGUAACUAAUUUCCCCAAUUGAUUCAAGAAACUUUCAUUUCUUUGUUUCAACUUACAUAUAAAAUAUUCUGUUGUCCUUAUUGAGGUUAUAGUUAGCAGAAAACCAGGUAGUUUUUCUUAUAGUAAAAGAUAACUUGUGGCCAGGAGCGGUGGCUUAUGCCUAUAAUACUAGCACUUUGGAAGUCUGAGAUGGGUGAUCUUUGAGGCCAGGAGUUCAUGACCAGCCUGGGCAAUAGGAAGACCCCAUCUCUACAGAAAAUUUCAAAAAUUAGCCAGGCAUGGUAGCACAUGCCUAUAGUCUGAGCUGUAGGCUGAGAUAGGAGGAUCAUUUGAACUCAGGAGAUGGAGGCUACAAUGAGCUGUGAUGAUGCCAUUAUACUCUAGCCCAAACAACAGAGCGAGACUGUCUCAAAAAAAAAAGAAAAAAAGUAUUGUGAAAGCAAAUGUAAUUCAUGCUAGUAGUUCUUUGCUCUGUAUUUAUGAAUGAAUUUUUCAUAGGAGAAUUUACAGUAUAUUCAAAGAAAGAAAGUUAUGAGAGUAUUGGUCAUCUUUUGUACCAUGUAAGGACAAGUAAUGCAAUGUUCACUUUGUUUUCAAACUUUUUUUCAUGAGAGGUUUUUAUUGAGCCAACUUUCGUAUAUACCUUGCUAGCCUGAAUUCUGAAAAGUUUCUUGCUUGGUAUUGGAAAAUCAGAUUAGGAAGAAUUGCUGUGUGUGGUUGGUCUUCAUGUGAAUCAGCUGAUACUUAUUUUCCUAUCACCCUAUGUCAUUUAGAAAAAAAUUGUUUUCUCCCAAGAUUAAUGGUGAUACUCAAAUAUGGUAUUUCUUUAAAGGAUAAUACCAGAUAUUUUUGGUAAGGUCUGCUGUUUUCCAUAUCCAUUAUUUUAUGCUACUGCCUUUAAAAAAAAAAACUAGUGCAUCUUUCAAAUAGCACAAAAAUGUUUUAAGAUUCAUAUUUGCAAAAUAAACAUGUGACUAACUUAAUGUCUUCAGAUCUAAAAAAGCUGUAAAAAUAUUGAUACUUCAAUAUUUCACUUGCUGCCAGGAAAACAAUAUUCUCAAUCUUUUGUAAAAGGGAGGAGGAUUUUUGCAUACAUUUUUACUCUUUAAAUAAAGACACUUAUACUAUCAUAAUAACAAUUAUGUAUUUCUUUGUGGUUUUUAUUUUUUUUGUAAUUUUACAUAAAAGUUAUUUUCUAUUUUUACCCAGAUAAAAAAUAUUUGUGCAUAAAAUGUAAAAAUAGUAAAAUGAGAAAAAUAAAACUAUUAUACA